AUGGCGACGACCACCGUCUCCGCGCCGUCUGCUUCUCGGCUUUUAUCAGGCCGUGAAAUCACCUCAAGCCGGAGCCCCUUCCUUGGAGGCAAUGCCAGAAUCUGUCAGAUUCCGCGAUUGCAGCUCAGGCAAAGGGCUUCGCGGCGUCAGGCGAAGCUGACAUGGACUGAUGACAGCAGCCGCCGGCUCCGCGUGGCCGCAGAGGCCGCGAAGGACGUUGGCGCGGAGCUGGCAGUGGGGGACUUGGAGGCGGAGGCUGAAGUCAUUGAAGCGCAGAUUAAGGCGCUGCGGGAGGAGAACGCGAAGCUGCGGGAGCAGAUGAUUUUCACGCAGGAGGGGCCCAAGGUGGUGCCGCCGCCGGGCGACGGCAAGAAGAUCUUCGAAACCGACGAGUACCUCAACCAGCACCGCAUCCACCUCGAGUACCGCUUCGGGCAGUACAAGAAGCUUCGGUGGGAGAUCGACCAGCACGAGGGCGGACUGGAGAAGUUCUCGCGCGGAUACGAGAAGUUCGGCUUCAACCGAGUGCACAACGGCAUCGUGUACCGCGAGUGGGCUCCUGGCGCUUAUUCGGCGUCGCUGAUCGGCGACUUCAACAACUGGAACCCCAACGCCGACAUCAUGAAGAAGGACGAGUUCGGCGUGUGGGAGCUCUUCCUGCCCGACAACCCCGAUGGCACCCCCGCCAUUCCCCACGGCUCCCGCGUCAAGAUCCACAUGGACACGCCGUCGGGGUGGAAGGACGCGAUCCCCGCGUGGAUCAAGUUCGCCGUGCAGGCGCCCGGCGAGAUCCCCUACAACGGCAUCUACUACGACCCGCCUCCGCAGGAGCGCCACGUGUGGAAGAACCCGCGCCCCAAGCGACCCAGAGCGCUGCGUAUCUACGAGGCGCACGUCGGCAUGAGCAGCAUUGAGCCGCGAGUGAGCACGUACACGGAGUUCCGCGACAACGUGCUGCCGCGCGUGCGUGAUCUGGGCUACAACGCCAUUCAGCUCAUGGCCAUCCAGGAGCACGCCUACUACGGCUCCUUCGGGUACCACGUGACCAACUUCUUCGCGGUGAGCAGCCGGUGCGGCACGCCGGACGAGCUGAAGAGCCUCAUUGACACGGCGCACGGCAUGGGCAUCAUGGUGCUCAUGGACUGCGUGCACAGCCACGCGUCGAACAACGUGUUGGACGGGCUGAACAUGUUUGACGGCACGGACGGGCAGUACUUCCACUCGGGCGAGCGCGGGUACCACUGGAUGUGGGACUCGCGCCUCUUCAACUACGGCCACUGGGAGGUCACCCGCUUCCUGCUCUCCAACCUGCGCUGGUGGCUCGAGGAGUACAAGUUCGACGGCUUCCGCUUCGAUGGCGUCACCUCCAUGAUGUACACGCACCAUGGGCUGCAGAUGGCGUUCACGGGCAACUACGAGGAGUACUUUGGGUUUGCGACGGAUGUGGAGGCGAUGGCGUACCUGAUGGUGGCCAACGACAUGGUGCACGCGCUCUACCCCGACGCCGUCACCAUCGCUGAGGACGUCAGCGGCAUGCCCACGCUGUGCCUGCCCGUGUCAUGGGGCGGAGUGGGCUUUGACUACCGCCUGCAGAUGGCCAUCGCUGACAAGUGGAUCGAGCUGCUCUCCGAGCAAUCAGACGAGCAGUGGCAGAUGGGGGACAUAGUGCACACGCUGACCAACCGGCGGUGGAUGGAGAAGUCAAUCGCGUACGCGGAGAGCCACGACCAGGCGCUGGUGGGCGACAAGACCAUUGCGUUCUGGCUCAUGGACAAGGACAUGUACGACUUCAUGGCGCUCGAUGGCCCCUCCACCCCGCGCGUGGACCGCGGCAUUGCGCUGCACAAGAUGAUGGACAAGGACAUGUACGACUUCAUGGCGCUCGAUGGCCCCUCCACCCCGCGCGUGGACCGCGGCAUUGCGCUGCACAAGAUGAUUCGCCUGCUCACCAUGGCGCUGGGCGGCGAGGGCUACCUCAACUUCAUGGGCAACGAGUUCGGCCACCCCGAGUGGAUUGACUUCCCGCGGUGGGACUUCACGACCCCGGCGGGCAAGUUCAUUCCCGGCAACGGCGGCAGCUACCACCUGUGCCGGCGGCGCUUUGACCUGGCGGACGCCACGUACCUGCGCUACAAGGGCCUCAACGACUUCGACCAGGCCAUGCAGCAGCUCGAAGAGAAGUACAAGUUCAUCUCAUCGGACCACCAGUACGUGUCGCGCAAGGACGAGGGGGACAAAAUGAUCGUGUUUGAGCGCGGGGACCUGGUGUUUGUGUUCAACCUGCACUGGAACAACUCCUACACGGACUACCGCAUCGGCUGCAACAAACCCGGCAAGUACAAGGUGGUGUUGGACUCGGAUGAGGGGCGCUUUGGCGGCUACAACCGCAUCGACCACAACGCUUCCUUCUUCUCCAAUGAGGGGUGGCACGACAACCGGCAGCACUCGUUCCAGGUGUAUGCGCCGUCGCGCACGGUGGUGGUGUACGGCCCAGCGGACUACGAGGAUCCACUCAUCGAGUACUGCGAGGAGAACCCCGACACGGACGAGUGCCGCACCUACGACGAGUGA